CGACCCACCGUGCGGCGCUCGUGGCGUUGCUAUGUAAACAGCCACAAAACAAUCCGCGCGGCUUCGGGGGUGGUGUUUGAUGAAAGUUCACGGUUCAGUCAACGAUCUCGCUCGCAGUUAAAAUAAAUAAUCCCUCAGUCAUACCUUUUUUUGUCCUCCAAUUGACCUAGUCAUUACAGUCGCGGUGUUUUACCUCUAUGCAAGUUGAGAGAUUUGCUUGGAGGGUAGACAAGUUGGAGUUUGUUCUAUUCUCACUGUUGUUUUGCCAAAUUUUCAGUUUGAAAAAGAGUUUGGCACGGCUUCUGUAUCAUUCCGCAACCUGAUUUGAUGAUAGACAUUGCGAAUCAUGCCUCUCUUCAACAGCAAGAAGGUGCACGCAAGGAAACCUAUCACCUUCGCCACGGCUGCUUUACUGACGCCUGAAGACAUUUUCAAUCCGGAAAACAGCACCAUUAAAAUGAAACUAACCGAUCAAGAGCUUCACUUCAAAAAUGGAAUCUGGACACCGGAAACCGAGGCCCUAGGAGAGAAAUAUCGAGAAACCGAGCAGCUCAGAGAAUACUGCGAGGCUGUGGAAGAGGAAAAUAAUUUACUCAAAAUGCGCCUUGAGGUUCUAUUAGAUAUGAUUACUGAAACUACAUUGCAAAAGAACUCCAUGACACAAGAACUGAUAGCUCUACGGAGUGAUGUCAAAAAUUCUAUCAAACCAAGGAAGCCAUGAUAGAGCAAGCUUCCUUCACAAAAUUGUAUUUAAUAUUAAGAGUUUUUAUUACUUUUUAUACACUUUUCUAUGGUAUUCUCAUCCGUAUUCAAGGUUGAAAAAUAUCUCGACACAACCUACACCUGAGGAUUUUGUGUAUUUCAAAGUUAAUUAAAAAGCUGUUCUCCUUAAUUCUUGUCCCUCAUAAUUUUGCAUUUAUCCUAUUUGGAUUAAAAGCUGUUGCACAUUUGUCUUUUUUUGUUUAAAAAAAAGCUUCUGCCAUAAAUUGCUUAUUGUUAUUUUAGUUUUUAUAUAAGUAUUAUGUUUAUUUCAUCUACGAAGAAAUCAGCAAAUGUGAUUAGCUUCAGGUCUGGUAUAAAGACUUUCUGAUGUUUCACUUCAUAAAACAUCAAUCUGUACACACGCAACAACUCUUCCCAUUGUUUUGAUCCAACACGUUAAUUUUGAGGUGUUUGCACUCCUGAGUGGUUUUUCUGAACAAUCGGAAAUUUCUAAGUGUGUAAUUUUUUAAUAUAAAAAUAUAUUUUUCUGUGAUGAAAGCA